AUGCCUCGCGAAAAGAAGAAAAGAGGCCGUCGGGCAGAAAAGUCUCAAUCGAAGCGCAAAAGAGAAGAUGAAGAAGUGUCCGAUUCACCAAAGCGACAGCGAACUACGAACGAAGACAACGAUGCCCUAGCAGGAGACGACUACAUUCCCCUCGAUACCCACGAUACUGAAAAGGAGCAAGAACAAGGGCAGGAAGAUGACACCCCUUUCUAUGGGCUUCUUGACACGGAGGAGCAGGAGUAUUUCUCAAAAGCCAGUCAGACAUUGGAACUCAACUCUUUCGAAGACGACGACGACAAACGACUGUUCAUUGAAAGCGUUUACACUGAAGCCAAAGGGAAGGAAUUGAAGAUUGCUUGCAGCCAGUCUUGCUCCAGACUCAUGGAAAAAUUGAUUGCAAUGUCUACUCCAGCCCAGGUAAAGGCUCUGUUCGAGAAAUUCUCGGGCCACUUCCUACACCUUGUUCAACAUCGCUUCGCGAGUCACUGUUGCGAGUGUUUGUUCAUACGCGCAGCGCCGAUUGUGACGUCUGAGAUGGAAAAACCCAAAGAUAAAAAGAAGGAUAGGAAACAAACCAUAGAAACCAAUGGAGAGGAUGGGGAACUGGACGAGCCAAUAAAUCAAAAACCUGCUAUGGAUUUGUUCCUAGGCGUCGUCUCAGAGCUAGAAGGGAAUUGGGGGUAUCUGCUCACGGAGUCAUUUGCUUCGCAUACGAUACGGGUCUUGCUCCUUAUAUUGGCCGGUGAACCACUUGCUGAUCAUUCAAAUGCGAGGGUACUUGCCAGCCGGAAAAAAGAAAAUGUGGAUUCUAUCACGUCAACGGCUCAGGCAGAGCUAACGAUCCGGGAAAGCAGACAAGUUCCUGCGGAGUUCAAUAACACUCUAAGAAAAAUGAUAUCAGAUCUGAGUGCUGGCCUGAAUUCUACCUAUCUUCAGGCACUUGCCACCCAUCCUAUUGGAAGCCCUGUUCUUCAAGUCAUUCUUUCAAUAGAGCUUGGGUGUAUGGGGAAAGAAAAAGUCAAGGACAAAUCUUCUGUUUUCCGUAGGCUUAUACCAGACGAUACCCUUGAAACAAAGGAGGAGGGUGUGAAUUUCCUAAACAGUCUGUUCUAUGAUCCAGUUGGAUCACGACUACUAGAAACGAUUGUUCGAGUUGCUCCGGGAAAAUUCUUCAAAACAUUCUACAAAACAGUCAUUCGCGAAAGGAUCGGCUCUUUGGCGCGAAAUGAGAUAGCUUCAUAUGUUGUUAUCAAAGUACUGGAGAGGGUGAGCAGAGAAGAUCUUCAAUCAGCAAUUGAAAGCAUUCUCCCUGAAAUACCUUCACUAGUCCAACGGUCAAGGCUUAAUGUUAUCAAAACAAUAAUAGACAGGUCAACAGUUCGGAGUGCUGAUACUACUUCAUUGGCUAAGGCAUUGGAAUCAGCGUAUGGCGAAGAUGGCCUUGUUCGCCUCAAGACGAUUCUAGGCGUUGAGGCAACAGACAAGGAUGCUGAAUCAGUGAAACCAAAGGCUGCAACUUCUGCUCAACAUCUCCAUGGAUCGCUUUUGGCACAAUCCAUGUUACAGGCACCUGGCGGGCUUGCAACAAUGAUACAAACCAGCUUUCUUGCUGCACCAGUCGAGAUACUAAUACAGAUUGCGAAGAAUCCAACAGCAUCUCGUGCCCUUCAAGAGGCUCUUAAGCCUUCGAAGUCCAACACUCAAUUUCGUCGACAAUUGUUACCUCGAUUUUACGGACAGAUGUGCGAUUUGUCGCUGGACAACAGUGGCUCUCACGUUGCCGACGCGCUCUGGGAUGCCACCUCUGACCUAGUAUUUAUCAAGCAAAGAUUGGCACAAGAACUAGCGGACAACGAAUCCGCCCUUCGCGACUCGUUCUUGGGUAGGGCUGUAUGGAGGAAUUGGUCGAUGGAUUUGUACAAGAGAAAACGGGGGGAAUGGAUGUCAAGAGCGAAGGGGCUAGACAACACCAGAGUCUCAGCACCAACUGCCGAUUCGAGCGCCGAGCCGGCGAAGAGCAAGCUCGACCUCGCCAGAGCGCGAUAUGCGGCAAGAGCCGAGCAACAGGAGAAGCCAGACAGCAGGGAACAAGGCCCUCGCGGCAAGAAGCAGGCCCUGUCGGCGCCGAGCGGCCUUCUGAAAGCGCAGUAA